ACAUCUGGACAACAAAAGGCUCAGAGGAGUUUAAACUGAGGCAGCUGUGAGGGAACGCAGCAGACGGACUGAUUCCUUCAACAUGAGUCCUACUCUGGUGGUGUUAGCGUUGUCAUUGCUGGCCACAGUGGCAGCUCAGUCUCAUGAUCAUCAUGACAUGGGCUGGGUGAACGGCUACCGCCAGAGUUUUAAUUUCCAGUGUCCCCAUGGAGAGGUCCUCGUGGCCAUUAGGAGCUACUUCAGUGACAAGGACGGCUCAGACCGCUUGUGGACAUUCGAGUGCCAGCCCACACCGGAAGGUCUGGGGGAGCCCAGUGACUGCUGGUGGGACGACAUCAACCGUGCUGGGAUGGAGUGGACUUCAACUUGUACCCGCAAUGGCCUGGUGGCGGGUGUACAAAGCAAGUACUUUGAAUCUGUUCUUGACCGGGAAUGGCAGUUCUACUGCUGCUAUUUCAAACGCCGUUGUCCCUACUCCUGCAUGAAGACCACUGACAUUCCUGAAUACUACAGAGAGGAGGGAGAACUGGUGGUGCCUAGUUAUGGUUACUUCAUCCGAGGUGCCCAGACCACCUUCAGUGGAGUGCUAAGAGACCGGCAGUGGAAGUACAUCCUGUGCAGAAUGACAGACUUUGACUGUGAAUUUGAGAAUUUAUAGAUUUGUAAGCAGCAUUUUUGUCUAACCAUAAACAGUUCUAACCAAGAUACAUAUUUACUCUUACAUUUAAACAAAAACAUAACACUGACAUUAUACAGAACUGGUAUGGUUCAUGUUUUCAUUCAUGUAUUUACUUUUAAUAAAGGGAUCAACCACAGGCAUGUGAUAUAUGCCUGUAUAA